GGUAUUUUACAUUAUGAUAUUAGAACUUCCAAUAUAUUGCUAAACGAACACUUACAACCUAAACUGUACAAUUUCCAAAUUACUGAAAAAUCUACACCACCAAUAUUUAGUACUUUAAGAUGGAAUUCACCGGAGGUAAUUAACGGUGAAGAGUAUAACAAAGCCAGUGAAGUAUACAGCUUCGCUCUAGUCAUGUGGGCGAUUGAAUAUCAACAAAUGCCCUUUAUUAACUUAACUUCAGAGGAAGAAGUCAGACGCCUAAUACUUAAUAAAACCCGUCCGGAACUCAAAUCAAUGGACGGCAUACCAGUCGGAUACCAAGAAAUUAUUAAAAAAUCAUGGUCUCAUGAUCCAUUAACACGUCUUAAUAUGAAGGAAAUUUUAGAACGUUUAAACCGAUUAGACCUCGAAAAUUUUACUGGGUUGGAUUCAGAUGAUUAUUUUGAUUUUAAUAUAGCAAAUAUCGAAAUACCAAACGCAGCAAAAUCAAAAUAUAAGGAGGAAUUUGAAAUGUAUCAAAAAUAUAGUCUUUCAAUCCCUAAAGAAAUAGAACAAGGCAUUGAAUUCCAUAAAAAUAAGAAUUAUGAAUCUGCAUGGGAAAAAUUUUAUCGUUUUCAUCAACUUAAUCCUGAAGAUCCGCACACAAACUUUUGGGUUGGAUUUUAUUACUUCAAAGGACAUCAUAUUGAAAAAAACGUUCGAAGCGGCAUGAAUUACCUUAAAAAAGCAUCAGAUUUACAACAUCCAGAUGCACAAUAUUGGUACGCGUCAACUUUGUUAAAUAGUUCAGAUGAGUUUGAGAAAGAUAGGUACGCAGCCGCAAUGAAAUAUUUAAGAAUAUCAGCAAUGAUGAAUUCUAAAGCAUUGAGAAUGUUGGGAAGAAUUGUACAGACCGGAAAUUUCGGUCAAAAUGCAAAUUAUCUCGUAGGACAAGCAAUGAUUGAUAGAGCUCAUAGAAAAAUUAUUACAUUAUAG